AUGGUUUCCCCUCAAAUUACCAACCUGGCCAUCAUCUUGGUGAUGAUGCAGCUGGCCAAGAAGGUUCCUUUUGAGAAUCCGGAUGUUCUGAUGGCGGUGCGCGGCCUGUACCUUCUGUCCAACUUGAUUAUCUUGGCUAUCAACCUGUACACCCAGUUCAAGAUCAAUCAGAAAAAGGAUAUGACUACCCUCAAAUACGUUGAGCCUGCUACCAUGGGCACCGGCGAGGAGGGCAAGCCCGUCACCACCACCAACAUGGACUACGACAAGGGCCAGGUCCGCCAAAUGUUCCGCACUCAGCUGAUGGGUGUCGGCAUGAUGGCUGUCAUGCACUUCUACAUGAAGUACACCAACCCUCUCCUCAUCCAGUCCAUCAUCCCCCUGAAGGGCGCCUUUGAGAGCAACCUGGUCAAGAUCCAUGUGUUCGGCAAGCCCGCUACCGGUGACCUUGCCCGUCCCUUCAAGAACGCUGGUGGAUUCAUGUCCCAGGGCCAGCCCAAGAGCGACAAGGCCUCCAUUGAGAAUGCGGAGAAGAACUACCGGGGUGGUGUCAAGGAGGAGUAA